GGCGGUGAGCGGCGUCGAGCGCCACUUGCCAGAGCUGGAGGCGAGCGGCUGCAGCGUCUCUCCGCGCGCGCAGGUCGGUGGCUGGAUGUUGGGGAACUGAGGCUGCGGCACACGUCCCCCCGGAGCCGCGCUGUCCGCUGCCGAGCGUCAGCAGGAGACCCGAGCAGCAGCCGGAGCCAUGGAGAGCCAGCGGGGCUGCCCGCCUCAGUACGGCUCACUGGAGAGCACUGAACGGAGGACGGACGGCGGAGCAGAGGACGAUGUGGUGUCCAUGGCGGAGUCCACCAUCACCGUGGAUGACAUCGAAGGGGAGCUCUUCAAGAUCGAGAGGAUCAGGGACGUCCUGGUCAGGAGGGAGUCGGAGCUCAGAUACAUGAUGGACGACAUCCAGCUGUGUAAGGAGAUCACGCGCCUGAAGAAGGAGCUGCACAAGCUGGUGUCCGUCCCAGAUAAGGACAAGUCCAGCGACGACCGGCAGAAGGAGGAGCAGCUGCUGCAGCAGAUCCACAAGCUGGUGGAGACCAGGGAUUUCCUGGUGGACGACGUGGAGUUCGAGCGGCUCAGGGAGCGAGAAGAAGAUAAAGAAAUGGCCGAUUUCCUGAAGUCCAAAUUCCCUCAAACUAUAAAGAAGCCAGGCGUCGCCGCCAGACGAGCGCCGUCCGGGGCGCCGCAGGGCUCCUCGCCCCUCGCUAAGACGGGCCUCACCCUGCUGAAGGAGUGCUGCGGCUUCACGUGCUCCAUCAUGUAGGCCGGCGCCGGCGUUCCCGCCCUCGGGGCCACAGCAGCACAGACGGGGGGCUUUGCCUCACUCUCGUUAGGCGUGUACAGUAGCGAGGCCACGCCCACCGCCGUGACGCGCCCACGGAGGACCUCAGUGAGCCGCUGUACCAUAGCUGUCGCCGCCCGCGUCUGAAAGUAACGUGAAGUGUUUUUGCAGGUCAGACUAGACACUAGUGGAACUUUAUAUUCAAGGAGGCGAGACUAAUGAAGCUGACAUUAAUCAGGAGCUGUGUUAGGAUGAAGUCCCCUGUGAUGUGACUUCAGAUCUAAAUGGAUGUGACCUUUUGAAAAAUGAUGCCUCCUCGUGCUGCGUUUUCCUUUGAAGACACUUAAUUAGCAUUAGUAAACGCUUGUGUUCCAGUGUGUCGCUAUCAGUGGGACUAUUUUUAUUACACUUUUUGCACAGCCUCGCUAGUUCCUCAUUCAGAUGUUGCUGUAGAUGAGUGUUCAAUAAAUAACUAAUGCAUAUUUAAAA